AGUGUGGUAUGAAAAGCGAAGUUAACGUUAUGUUCCACGUUCCACUUUAAUUUAAAUUUUUGCAGCAGUCAGCUAAUAAGAACAUUUCAUAACAGUUGAAUUUUUCAAGUCAGGUAUCGAAGAAGACGUGCUGCAAGCACAGUAAUGUAAUCACUCAAGCGAAUUUUUUCACAAAAAUGGUGCUAUGUUACAUCUUAUUUGGUAUUUUAAUCGUAAUUUUAUUUCUUUAUUUAUUCCUUGAAAUACACUAUUUUCUGCGCGCCGCUCUGUGUGUGAUUCUUGCCAAAAUGUCAAGAAAAAAAGUUCAUCUUUUGAGUGAAACUGUGGUCAGUGGUAUCUGCCUGACGAACGACAUCGAUCCCAUGCUAACCCACAUGAACAAUGCCCGAUUUCUGCGAGAGCUGGACUUUGCCAAAAUAGACUUUUAUGAGAGGACAGGUCUCUACAAAUGUAUCAAAAAGCACGGUGGAGCUAUAUUUAUGGGUGCGUCGACUAUAAGAUACAGGCGAUUUAUAAAACUGUUUCAAAAAUAUCAAAUUACCACAAAAAUCAAAUAUUGGGACAAAGACAGCAUCUACUUUGAGCAUCGUUUUUUAACACCAUCGGAUAAUUUCAUAAAUGCAAUUGUGUUGUGUCGAAACCGGUUAAUUAAUUGUAAUGGUGAAGACGUGGUUAAUGAAGUUUUAGGUAGUUCUCCUCGGGACGAUGUGGAAAUGAAUAAGAAGGAAAAACCUGAAAUAAGUCCGGAAUUGGCAAUUUGGAUAGAAUAUAACGAAACUUCAAGUGUCUCGUUAAAAAGUACCAAAUAACUAUUUUUUUUACUGUACAAAAUCUAUACUUGUUGGAAUCUUACGCAAACUUCUAAUAAAAACGCUCUAUUUUAAUCAACAA